CUCUAGGCCACUUCCUUUAAAUUCAUAGGACGACCCUUAUACCUUGUGUGCCUCAAUAAGCCAAACAAAACCCUUCAUUAAUAGUUGAUAGUCUUCAUAUUUUAUUUCCAAAAAAUGGUUUCGGGAGAAGGAUUCAUUGUGAGUGUGAGCAAGGUGGAGGUGGUGGCACCAGAGCUUCCAAUGCAAGAGCACUGGCUCCCACUAUCUAACCUUGAUCUUCUCAUUCCCCCACUCGACUUUAGUGUCUUCAUUUGCUACAAAAAUCCUUCGUCAAUGUCCUUUCCUUCCAUGGUAGGGUCCCUCAAAAAUGCCUUGGCUCAGGCUCUAGUUUACUACUACCCUCUUGCGGGUGAAGUGGUGACCAACUCCACGGGUGAGCCUGAACUGUUUUGCAGUAACCGCGGUGUAGAUUUUGUCGAAGCUGUGGCUGACGUGGAACUACACCGUCUCAACAUGUACAACCCAGAUGACACCAUUGAAGGGAAGCUUGUGCCCAAAAAGAAGCAUGGUGUCCUCGCUGUUCAGGCAACUGGUCUCAAGUGUGGGAGUUUAGUAGUGGCAUGUGCUCUGGACCAUCGCAUAGGUGACGCCUAUUCUGCGAACAUGUUCCUCGUAUCAUGGGCCGAGAUAGCCCAGCCCAACAAGCCCAUAAUCUCGGCCCAUCCUUGUUUCCGACGGUCCCUUCUCUUCCCACGACGCCCACCUUCCAUUGACCACCCUUCACUUCAUGACAUGUACGCUCCCAUGGCUGCACUACCUCCUCCUAAGUUCGGAGUUCAAUCUGAACCACUCAUUAGUCGCAUAUACUACGUCACAAGCGACCACCUGAACCGCAUGCAGGCGCUCGCUAGCUCAAACGGUGUGAAGCGCACAAGGCUCCAGUCUUUCUCCGCCUUCUUGUGGAAGACGGUUGCUGAAGCUGCUGCUGCUGGUGUUGAUGGUCAGAGAAAGGUUGUUGCGAAGAUGGGUGUUGUGGUUGAUGGAAGGAAGAGACUGAGCAAUGGCGACAAGAACAUGGGUUCGUAUUUCGGUAACGUGCUUUCAAUCCCCUACGGUGGGAAACAGGUGGAGGAGCUUGUUGAAAAGCCGUUGAGUUGGGUGGCGGAGAAAGUUCACGAGUUUUUGGAGAUGGGUGUGACAGAGGAGCAUUUUUUGGGACUUGUUGAUUGGGUGGAGGCACACCGACCUGUCCCUGGGGUUGCUAGGAUCUAUUGUGGCCAUGAAAAUGAAGAGGGACCUCGUUUUGUGGUUUCUUCUGGACAAAGGUUCCCUGUGUCAAAGGUUGACUUUGGGUGGGGGAAGCCUGUGUUUGCAUCGUACCAUUUUCCAUGGGGUGGAGAUGCUGGUUACGUCAUGCCAAUGCCUUCUCCUAUUGGGAAUGGUGAUUGGUUAGUUUAUAUGCACCUUUUUGAGGGUCUUUUGAGUUUCAUGGAGUCUAAGGAUCCUCAGGUUUUUAAACCAUUCUCUUGGGAUUACGUCCUUAGUCGUCAUUGACUUCACGUACUUGUUUAUAUCUCAUUCUUCAUUGCCUGGUUAAUUAUAAUUAUGCAGCUUGUUGAUUUGUUAAAGGCUGUGGGGUGAAUUCUAAUAUAUCCAUGUUGAAUGAUGUGAGAUGUUAAUUAGCUUUUGUUUAUUGUUCCUUGUAUUCUUGCCCAUUUUCAUGUAUUUUU